AUCAACACGCGGCACUCGGGCGACGACGAGCAGCUGUUCCUCACGAAGUUUGCAUGACAUACUGAUCCUUCCCAUCAUUUUGUAUACAUCUUAAUUCCCCAUCACCCUUGAACAGAGGAUCGCCCAACCAGCCAGACGCCAACCAGACGACUACCUCAUCGAUUAUUCGUCACUCGACCCAGUGUUUGGCCCAAGACAUCUUACGGCACUGCUCGCUUAGGCGAAACACCCAACUUGCAACUUGCGCUCCUUCAUUUCCUCAGCGUCCACUCGCCGUGUUACAGCUGAUGGCUUUUGCCUUAUAACCUCAUCCUCUACUGCCAGCUCGCCUCGACCGCAUCCGUCUCCAUACCCACUAUGGGCUUCGUGGCAGUAUGCACUGCAAUCUACGAUUACCAACCACAGAGCACCGGUGAACUCGAGAUCAAGGAAGGCGAACUUCUCUACAUCCUUGAAAAGAGCACCGAAGAUGAUUGGUGGAGGGCGAAAAAGAAGGCUGCAGCAGACGAUGAAGAUGAGCCCGAAGGCUUGAUCCCCAGCAACUACGUUGAGAGCGCGAAGCCAACCCAUACUGCAAAAGCCCUCUACGACUAUACUCGCCAAACCGACGAGGAGGUUUCGUUGACAGAGGAUGCUACGCUCGAUGUCUACGAUACCUCAGAUCCCGACUGGACUCUGGUAGGUAUAGGUGAUGAUUUCGGCUUUGCCCCUACAAAUUACAUCGAGAUCUCGGACGCUGCACGAGCGUCUCCGACGAUACCUUCCAGCAGACAGUCCGCCCCUGUCGCGCUCGAACCAGAAGCGCCUACAAGUCCGGUCUCUCCGGCGAGGUCGGUUGACAGUCCUGCAGCCAACCUAGCACGGGUCCUUGGAGGUCAAGCUCCCACUUCACCAACCGCAGCCCGACCAAUACCUUCUCCUCCUCGUGUACAAUUCACUCCAGAGGCAUCUGAUGACGAAGAAUCAGCACCAGCCCUGCCUCAAAGACCUCCAUCGCAGUCGAUCCCAGCUCCAAUCUCGUACUCAGAGCACGAUGACGAAGCCUUGGGCGUCCUCCCCUCUCCACCUUACAAUCGAGCUAUCGGAAGACCCGACGACGAAGAUGCGCCCAUUCGAUCCCCUGGUGGAUAUCAUCUGUAUAAUAUCAACGAGAUGGUCUCUGCGAUGGGACGAAGGCGGAAGAUGCCCACAACACUAGGCAUUAACAUUGCCACUGGCACAAUCAUGGUGUCUCCCGAGAAGUCAAGGGAUGGACCUGCGCAAGAGUGGACAGCCGAUAAAAUGACACAUUACUCUAUCGAAGGCAAGCAUGUUUUCCUCGAGCUGGUCAGGCCAAGUAAGAGCCUAGAUCUACAUGCAGGCGCCAAGGAUACAGCCGAGGAGAUUGUCCGGGCUUUGGGAGAGAUUGCCGGGGCCCAUCGGGCAGAGGACAGCAUCCGAGAUGUCAUAGAGGCGGCGGCUGGUGGUGGAAGCCAGAAAAAAGGACAAGUACUUUAUGACUUUAUGGCUCAGGGUGAAGAUGAAGUCACAGUCGGCGUCGGAGACGAAGUCAUCAUUUUGGACGAUACAAAGUCGGAAGAAUGGUGGAACGUAAGACGCCUGAAAAAUGGCAAAGAAGGUGUCGUGCCAAGCAGCUACAUCGAGGUUACUGGGUUUGUUAAUAUCGAGCCGCCCUCGCGAAGCGGGCUGAAUGCUGGCCUGUCGACAGUAGAGCAGAACCGGCUUGAAGAGGAAAGGCUUGCGAAGGAGGCAGCAAGAGCAGAUAGAGCUCGUCAACAAGUCGACCAGACCAGGUCACGCGGUGAGGUUGGACCGGGGAUGCAGCUUCCACAGCGCGGUAGCAGCCUUGCAGAUGAUCAAACGAGCCGAAGAGAUCGGAGAGAAAAGGACGAUCGAAAGAAACGAUCCAAACCAGAUGCUGCGAAGGUCAGGACAUGGACAGACCACUCCGGCACAUUCAAAGUUGAAGCUCAGUUCUUGGGGGUGGCAGAGGGUAAGAUACAUCUGCACAAGGUCAACGGGGUCAAGAUCGCCGUUCCCGUAACGAAGAUGUCGCCAGAAGACCUUGCAUACGUCGAAAAGGUAACGAACGAAUCGAUCGAGGAGCACAUUCCAGUGGCUGAUUUGAUCAAGAUGAGACGCCGAAGCCAGCAGUCAUCCGAGCAAUCGAAACAUCGAAGUGGUGCUUCUAUCGAGCACCGAGCACCAGAACAACCUAAGGUACCCGACUAUGACUGGUUUGACUUCUUCCUAAAAGCUGGUGUUGGUCCACAUCAGUGCGAACGGUAUUCCCAAGCGAUGAUUCGAGACUCCAUGGACGAAACUGUGCUCCCUGACAUCACGGCCGACACUUUACGAACACUUGGUCUCAAGGAAGGCGAUACGCUCAAGGUCAUGAAAUACCUGGAUCAGAGGUUCGGACGAACUCGAUCUGCCAGUGUCAAUGGGACCAAUGGGGAAACCACUGCAGGAGGAAUUUUCUCGGGCCCUGGUGGAGCCUUACACAACAACACUCGAAGAGGCAGACCUGAAGCGAACCGGCAGACAACAGAUGUUGUGGAUCCAGACGCUUUCACGAACAAAGAAAGCGACAGGCCAAGCGAUGCAAAAGCCACGCCUCUUACGGAAGCACCUCCCAGGAAACCUGAAGGGGGGUUUGAAGAUGAUGCAUGGACGGUGAAGCAGCCGACACAGACCGCUGCACCACCAGCUCCAAAACCUCCUACGGGCGCGAUCAGAGAUCUCUCCUUGCUGGAUGCUCCUCUGGUCCCGACUCCAGCUCAGCCUUCUACACCCGCGGUAAGCCAACCGCCACCCGCCCCUGCGCAGCCUCAACCACCGACUGUACAACCGCCUCCGGCAACAACCCCAGCUCAGCAGCCGCAACAAACCGGCGCGAACCCGCAAUUCUUCUCACAGCUCAACCAGCAACAGACGGGUAUACCAACUCAGCAAACGGGCUUCCAGCCGCAGCAAUUCAACCCGCCUCGCCAAAGACCCGCAGCACCACAGCAAAGCUUCACAGGCGCUGGUCUUCUGCCACCGCCUCCACGGCCGACAUCUGCACCUCAAAAUCCGCAGCAAAACCAAUUUGGCCUCCAGCCUCUGCAGCCGCAGCUCACAGGCAUACCGGUCACCUCUGCUAUGCAAGCCCCUCCUGGCCAGAGCCUGAACGACCUCACGCAGCAAAGGUUGCAACAACAAUACCAGCAGUUCCAAUUGCAAAGCCAGCCCACCGGACUUGGACAAUUCGGUCUUGCUCCACAGCCUACGGGCUUCCAACAACCGCAACCAUUUGGACAAUUCCAACAGCCCUAUAUCAACGGCAAUGCUACCGGAAGUCCAUUCGCGGAUCCUCGUCCAUCAUUCCAACCCCAGCCGACCGGAAUGCCAUUUCAGCAGAGUCCCCCACCCGGCGGUAUCAACUCAAUCCUUCCCCCAGCUAUGCAACCGCAAAGGACCGGCUUUGCUUCGCCGAUGCAACAAACACAGUCAAACGGCUUUGGCCAAGGCCAAGGUAUUCAACCGCAGCAAACAGGAUUUCCUCAAGCGCAGCCGUUGCAAGCUCAAUCUACGGGCUUCCAGCAGCCGCUCCAGUCACAAGCCACUGGUUUUGGUCAACUGCCGCAACCAAAUGGAUUUCAAAGCUUCUCGCCGCCACCUGUGCCUCCGAUCCCUCAACAGCAUAGUAUCGCACCAUUGCAACCACAGCGGACUGGGCCAGCUCCAAAUAUCAAAUUUGGUGUAUCACCAGCUAAGAAGCUGACUCCUCAGCCGACUGGACGGCGGGCGAACCUUGCCAAUGCUACCGCUGAUAAUCCCUUUGGAUUCUGAUUGCUGGCUCUCCUAAGUUAGUAGUAGCAGUCACAGCCCGUUGUUGCCGGCCCGCAAGGCCGUUGUUCUCAACCUUUUGGUCUCUCUUUGCCCUCCUUCGGGACCGACAAUGGUCACUACGAUACAUAGGGCAGCUCUGCAGGAGCCAGUGACAGAUGGCAACCCAUCCAACCGCAGCAUCACAGGAGUUCCAUAUCACCAAUUGAUUGGUAGCUGCUAGGUAGAAGUUUGGCGGCAGCGAAGUAUGGGAGAUUAGCAUGGAGUUCAAGGCUCAGAAGCGAUUUACCUGUCCCUGGGUUGCAGGCCAGGGCUAAGCUCUAUCGUGUGCGUUGCAAGCGGCAUUGAAGCAUUUGUGUUUAUGGAGCGGUUGCGAAGACUUUUUGGAGGCUCCUGUCGACAAUUUGAAGUUAGGGAGUUGAUCCUGGUAUGGACAGAUGCAAGCACGAGUUUGUGAAUAUAUGGCACCCUGAUUUAAUGACAAGUCACUCUUGAACCAA